AUGACAACGUUUGAGCCGGAAGUGAUCAGUAGCGCCCCGGAACUGCGGUACGACACGGCGUUCACAGGAAGCGGCUACACGGCGUCGGAAGCCAUGGUAAGCGGUCUCGGGUACUCCGACUACGACUGGAAAUACGGGCAUGACGCGACUGCCGCGUACAACGCACGUACCAUGUAUCCCGUGCACGAGAGUGUCGACCAACAGGGUCACUGUCUUGGAUAUUCUAGUGUGCCGCAUAAUGACAUAGAAUUUAUGUCGUCGCCAUAUAUUCAGACAGCGGACAUGCCGUUUUCGACUGCAAUGGGGCACAUUCCAUACGGUGGUCCAGAAACGUACUAUGCUCAGCCGUAUAACACCAUAUCGCCGUCUUCAAUGUCUAGUCAUUCGUCUUCGAACUCAACCGGUGUCGGUAGAAACGGCGAGAAACCGAAACGAAAGCGCGUGCAAAACGUCAUUCAGCGAAAGGCCGCAAACGUCAGGGAGCGUCGACGGAUGCUUCAUCUCAACGAAGCCUUUGACGAGCUAAGGAAACGUCUGCCGGCAUUUAACUACGAAAAGCGUCUAUCUAGAAUCGAAACGUUACGUCUGGCCAUGACGUAUAUCGCGUUUAUGAAAGACGUAUCAGACGGAAAGGAACCCGAUACCGUACAGCUGUUACAGAUUCAACGGAAGUCAGAACAGCAGUACCCAGAUGACAGUGAGGACAGCGAAUGA